AUGACGGAGGACGAGGAGGACGAGGAGGACGAGCUGAGCGACGAUGCCGAGAGCCAGUCUCAGCCGGACGAGACUCAGUCUCCCGCCUCCCGUCCCUCCCCCACCUGCUCGUCAUCUUCGUCGGACGAGUGUCAUUCGGACGAGUCCCUAUGCGUCCUUCACUUCUCCUCCGACUCCUCGUCGCCGUCGUCAUCUUCUUCGGACGAGUCCCUAUGCGUCCUUCACUUCUCCUCCGACUCCUCGUCGCCGAUAUCUUCUUCGUCGGACGAGUCGCAAGACGAAGACGGCGAAGACUUCUCCGACCAGCGCACGCGAAGACUCCUCAAGCGCAGGUCGCCCUCGGACUCCGAGGAGGACCCGCUCGACGACCGCUCGGCGACGAAGCGACGUCGUCAGUGGUGA